AUUAUCAAAUUAAAAGUUGUUGUCGAGUUGGCUAAGAAGAGACCAACUUCAGUUUGGUCAGGGAACUCCGUUUCUGUUUCAGUAGAUUUCCCUUGCAUGCCUCCUAAAUGUGGUCGUUGUGAGGAAUUUGGUCAUCUGGAGCUUUCUUGUCCAACUUCAAUUCCUCGACCGAAUGGAUUUCAUAAGGUUGUUGCUAGGGAGAAUCCUGAUUUGAGCUUAGGUUCUAAGUAUCCUGUUGUUUUAAGUUCUAAUGGGGAUGCUGUGUUUGUGUCUGCACCAUCUCCCGCUGUUGAUUCAGGUAGAGAAAGAGGUAGAGCUACUACUCAUAUGGGUGAUGUCACCCCUGCUGCAGUUAGUGAAUCAAAGAGUUUACCUUCUCCUCAUUCUCAUAUUAGCCAUUCUUCGAGUUCUGGAGGUUGGAUUAAGGUGAUUUAUCGUUCUAAACCUGAGGUUCCUUCUGUAAGUUCAUGUUCAAUGGGUGGUACAUUCAAGCUUCCUAUCACAAAUGCUCAAUUUUCAGAAGAAUUAGAACUAAUAAAUACUGCUCAA